UGCAGCCGGGGGUGGGGCCUGGGGGACCACUGCAGGGACGUGGACUGGCAUGUCUGCUCUGACGCGGCUGGCGCGUUUUCGCGGUGGAGGCCGCCUCUUCAGAGGCCUCUGCGCCCGCGAGGCUGGAGGCGGAGGAGUCCGUCAUGCUGGUGGCGGUGUGCACAUUGGGCCCCGGUACCGACAGUUCCCCCAGCUCACCAGGUCCCAGGUGAUCCAGGCCGAGUUCUUCAGCGGAACCAUGUGGUUCUGGAUCCUCUGGCGCUUCUGGCAUGACUCGGAUGCUGUGCUGGGUCACUUUUCAUAUCCAGAUCCUUCCCAGUGGACUGAUGAAGAAUUAGGUAUCCUUCCUGAUGAUGAGGACUGAAAGUGCAGACUCAACUCUUUACAAGAACCAGAUGAGACUGUCAAGACAUGAUGGACUUCACAUUGUAUAUUAAAGUUGUAAAUUAAAGUUUUGGUCGAGAAUGAGGAA